AUGGAUGAUUUGGGUAAAGAACAUUUAUUGCAACAUAAUGAACAUUCUAUUGAUGAUCAAAGUUAUGUCGAAAUACCGAUAUUGGAAAGUAGCGAUUUAACGAUAAAAUCUGCAAAAAUAAACAAUUUCAACAAUCUUCACAAUACUUUUAUUAAGAGAGGAAAUAAAAAACAAAACAAUAAUUACAUUCAAAACCAACAUCAAGUUAGAAUACCGAUAUUAGAAAGUAACAACUCAGCAAUAGACACAGAAAAAAUUAAACAAGAACAAAACGAUCAUUAUAAUCAGAGCCGAGAUAAUUUUAUUUCAGCUCACCAUAAUUUUCCUAAUGAAAUUACAAAUUCAUUAAAUCAAAAUCACCAUUCUUUACAAGAUUUUCCAAUGAUCAAACAUGAAAAUCUCAAAAAUAAUUUUGUGGAUUAUCCCCAUAAUUUUGAUUUGGACUACUUUAAUGAAUUAAAUCUUGGGGAUUUAUCUAUAAAUGAAGGUCAAAAUAUAUCUGAAAUGCAUCCAAAUAUACAAAAUUUUAACAACAAUUUUGUAAAUCCCUAUAAUAAUCAGAUGCAUGAUUAUCAACAACAACAAAUUCAAAACCAACUGCCUCAGAAACAUCAAAAUCUAACCAAUUCAAGUGGUCUUCAUUAUCAAAAUCAAUUUGAUCAUUCUCAACAUCAAAUUGGAGAAAGCUCAAAUGGAGCAUAUGUUCAACAACAAAAUCAGCUAGACCUUCCUCACUCGCAUAUGCCUUAUAAUCAAUUUCACCCAGAUAUUUUACAUCAUGGUUAUGAUUAUACACAUCCUGAUUUACAAUAUUUGUUUGGAGAACAAAAUGAAAUUGGUGAUAAUUCAACAGGAGUAUUUGGGGAACUGUAUGAUGAAUUUCAUAAUAUUCAUGUACAACCCGAAAACAAAAAUCUUGUUCAUGAUUAUCACAACAAGUUACAAGAUAAUCAAAUAAAUGGUUUUGAAUUACAUGGAACAAGUGGAUACAGCAAUAAUAUACAGGAUAAAGCUAGCGGAUCUUCAACUAAAUUUGAUGGACAGAAAGGAAUUUAA